CGGUGGUGGUCAAUAGCAAGGCUCUCCCUUCUACUACCAUGUCGCGCUUUUAAACACUCCACAUCUAUAAAUAAGAAUGGAUUUUCCAUGAAGGCGCUCGCACAUUCCGGUCCAAUAUCCCUCGGUCAAGACCAUAGGCCCAAAACGCCAGUGUUGGGUUUUUGUGUAGACUGACCUUUAAAAAAAGGUAGUGGACUUAAAAAGGGUUGAAAAAAUUGUGUAAAAUGAGGUGUUUCGCGUCGGGUAUUUUUGUGCUGGUUCUUGGAUGGGUCGUUGCGGAUAAUCAGAAGAAACCAAAUAUCAUUGUUAUUGUAGGGGAUGAUAUGGGUUUUAAUGACGUUAGCUUCCAUGGCAGCGAUGAGAUUCCAACUCCAAACAUAGAUGCCCUCGCAUAUAAUGGAGUGAUUCUAAACAGCCAUUAUACACAAGCACUGUGUACACCAUCAAGAGCAUCGUUCCUAACAGGAAAAUAUCCUAUACAUUUGGGAAUGCAACAUUUAGUAAUCUUGGAACCUGAGCCCUGGGGACUGCCAUUGAAUGAAACUCUACUUCCGGAACACCUGAAGAGAAAUGGCUACGUAACAAGGGCCAUUGGAAAAUGGCAUUUGGGAUUUUUCCGGAAAGAGUACACUCCAACCUACAGAGGAUUCGACAGUCACUACGGAUACUGGCAAGGUUUCCACGAUUACUACGAUCACACAAUACACGCCACGUAUACUUCUGAGUAUGGCUACGAUAUGCGCAGAAACAUGACAGUAGAUUGGGACGCCAAAGGAAAAUACACGACGACAUUAUUAACUGAAGAGGCUGUGAAAAAUAUUAGACAACAUAAUACAGACAACCCCCUGUUUAUGUACUUGGCUCAUUUGGCACCUCAUGCUGGGAACGACUGGGAUCCUCUCCAAGCACCAGAUGAAGAAAUAGCCAAGUUUGCUCACAUACAAGACCCGGAAAGGAGAAUAUACGCUGCUAUGGUUUCUUUGUUGGAUAAAAGUGUGGGUGCAGUAGUGGCAGCUUUGAGAGAGAAACACAUGCUAGAGAAUUCCAUCAUUAUUUUUAUGUCCGAUAACGGAGCAGCUCCAGAAGGUGUUCACGCAAAUCACGGUUCGAACUAUCCCUUUAGAGGCGCUAAGAACUCAGGUUGGGAAGGUGGUAUGAGAAAUAUAGCAGCUAUUUGGAGUCCUCUGAUCAAAAAACCUCAAAGAGUUUCUAACAAUUUGAUGCACAUAUCGGAUUGGUUACCGACCUUAUAUUCCGCUGCAGGUUUGAAACAUUCUGAACUUCCAAGCUCUCUUGAUGGCAAAGAUCAAUGGAAAUCAAUAUCUGAAGGUGAAUCAUCACCCAGAACAGAAAUUUUACAUAAUAUCGAUGACAUUUUCAAUUACGGUGCUAUCAGGCAAGGCGACUGGAAAUAUGUUUAUGGUUCAGCAUCCAAAGGGCGUAUGGAUCAAUGGUAUGGAAAUUCUGGCAAGGAUCCAUUGUAUCAUUACGACGAAGCAGGUGUUUUAAACUCCCCAGCUGGCAGUGCACUUUCUGGAUUCAUAACCUACCAACAAAUCAAAGAAAAGAACUAUAAUUUAGCGCACCACAAAGUACAAAACUUCAGUAUUAAUAUCCUCGAUGAAGAAAAUAUCAGAAAACUCCGAAAUGAAGCAUUGUUGAAAUGUAAAGACUUGAAUUCCGAAGAACAGUUAGAAAGCAAUCAGUGUAACCCAAUGGUUUCACCAUGUUUGUUUAAUAUUAAGGAAGACCCAUGUGAGAGGGUGAAUCUAGCGACUCAGAGACCUCUUAUUGUAGUGACUCUGGAACAGGAACUACUUAAAUACAGAAAGACUGCCAGAAAACCAAUUAACGUUCCGAGAGAUCCAAACGCAGAUCCAGCUAAAUUCAAUGGAACCUGGACCAAUUGGCAAGACAACGAUGUAACACAGGAGAAAAUUUCUUUUAAUGCACUUUCUCACUUGACUAUCGGCCUUAUUUCUGGAGCAUGUGUAGCUGUCGUCAUAAUAAUCGUUAUUUUACUAACUAUAACAUGUAAAAAAGCCCCUAAAAGGAGUUUAUCAAGAUUGUUUGAACCCGGAGAUAACUGUUGCACCGAAAUGGACAACAAACCCAGCAGUAACAUGUUUGAAGAAAGGGAGAAACAACUGAGGACGUCACUGAAAAAUGAGUUCAGAGAAGUCUGAGGCAUUAAUAAUGUUUUUUUGAUUGGAAAAUGUUAUUUAGUGCGAGAUGACGUAAAAGCCUCGGCAUUUUCUUAUAGAAGAUUGUUUGAGGCGAUCAGAUAAUUUUAAGUUAAUUUAUUGUAAUAUAUAGGACAUAAGAAAUAAAAGAUAAAUUCGGCGAUUUUA